GAACCCAAUGCGGGUGAUACGAUGGAAUUUCUUGCGAAAUUGCACACCAUGGAAAAAGAAAUCAAAGACGAAUACACUGUGUCUACAAAGCCAGAUGGCGACGUAUUGAAAGCGAUGAAGAAUUAUGCCGACAUCAAGCAGGCUCACAUAAGACCGGUGGGCGAUACUAUCGAAGAGGUCAAUAAAAAAAGCAAAGUCGACACUGCGCUGUUCCAAGGAGACAUCAUUCUAACAAAGCAGCAAGCCGAGGAGAUCAUGGAAGACAUCAAUGACAAAGAAGGGGAUCGAAGAAAACGGCAAGCUUACGUCGACGAGAAAUAUCCGAAUACUACUUGGCCUAAUGGAGUGACUUUCACGUUUUGGAAUGCAUGUACGUCUCUACCUUUUUUAUUUUUGCAGUGUGCUGCGGCAGCGAGAAGAGUGUUCAAAAAAGCUGUAAUAUUGUGGGGUUGGGAGACGUGCAUUAACUUCGGCGAGAGCUUCUCAGGUGAGAUCGACUUUAAAUCAGAAAACAGUGUAUUGCUUAAUAAUUGCCCAACAAACAGAUUUCCAGCUAAAGCGGAGUCGGAUAGAAUAUUAGUUUUGGACAGUGUAGGAUGUUGGUCACACAUCGGGAGAAUUGGAGGAGAACAGUUUCUUUCACUUGGGCCAGGAUGCGAAUCGGUAUGUCAAACGAUUGGUUUUUUAAAAAUUCUAUUUCGAGUCCUUUUGGUGCUCUUUGUGUCAGCGAACAAAUGCACUGAAGGCUCAUCGGCAAAGUGCGAGAAUGGCGGCUUCCCUCAUCCAAGAGACUGCUCGAAAUGCUCUUGCCCUAGCGGCUAUGGCGGAAAACUCUGUAAUGAAAGACCAUAUGGGUGCGGUAAGACACUAACUGCAACAGAAUCGUACCAAACCCUCAACGACACCGUCGGCCGAUGGGAUUACCAUCCUGAAGGCGACAACGACGACUUUUACAUGUGCAACUAUUGGAUCCAGGGACCACCUGGUUCGACAAUUGAAGUGGUACUUGACGAUUACACUGAAAAUUUGAGUCUUGACGGAUGCGUCUUCGCUGGUGUUGAGAUUAAAACGUUGGCUGAUAAACGUCACACUGGUUACAGAUUCUGCUCUCCUAAAUACGCUGGUACAACCUUAGUGUCUAAGCACAACAUCGUGCCAGUAAUCACUUGGAGCAGGGUCUACCAAGCUAAUACCGUUUUGCGCUAUCGAAUUGCUUCCUCUGGCUCGGCUACGUCAGAACCAACACCUCAACCAACCCCUCGACCAACACCUCAGCCGUCAUCUGGAAGAACACCUCGUCCAACACGUAAGCCCAAAAAGGGUUGCAAGGACCGCUUUCUAUGUAACAUGCUAAAAGAAUUGGGCUUUUGUGAUUCCUCUGAAUACAAGCUGAAACUCAAGGAAAAAGUCUGCCCCGGCUUCUGUGCGUAA